GGAGCGUCCGUUGCCAUGGUUACGGCAUACCACACUAGCAGUUAGCUUGCUCGUUUAGCACAGAUAACUUUCGAUAGGCUACACAACGUUAGCUGGCUGCUAACUACUGUUUUUUAACGACUUUUAGACAAAAUGAGCUGCGGUGAAUCACCGAAGAAGGAGUUAGGACUUGCAGGUCACCCAGAACACAAGAUAUCAGAACCAUCAGAGCAGGUGUACAUUCUGAGUGAUGACCAGUCCAAGAACUUUACUCCUAAAGCCGAGGAUUCCCAGGCUCUGGCUGUUCACCCCCCUGACCUUAAGAAACUUCAUAUACCAAGGCCACCGAAGGGCCGUCAAAAACCAGUGCUCAUGGCUCGUGCACAUAAGACACAACCAACUCAUUCAUUGAACCUGGACCCUGAAUCUCUACCUCCAGACUGCACAGGGUCAGAAUGGCUUCGGUUUGAUGACCAAGGCAUGGUUCUUCCACAUUGCAUCCUGGGUAGUUUAGAGGAUUUCAGAAGUUAUCUGGAGGCCAAAGGGAUGACAGAGUUGUUAACGCGAAUACCAAAGUCCCAGAGAGAUCCACCAUCAGAGACCCCAGGGUGGCCUCCCUCUGAGGCUGUGGAGAAUGAGCGUGGGCUCCCCUCUGGCCACAGAAAUAUCCAGAGUAAUGCCCUGCAGCGUUGGGACAUACAUAUGAUGCAGCGCAGACGUCAGCAGGGCCUCUUAUCUGACUUGCUCGACAGGCCAGCCGAAAACUUGCUGAUGAACCAUGCCAACCGUGUCAGAGAAACUCAGGAGCAGAGGGAAUUUAUAAUCCAGGGUCACCCUGUGGGCAUUGACUUUGGGAAUCUCCGCCAGUGUUCUGAAGAUGAAAUGGGAGGCAUCACACCCACUCUGCCUCAGACAGAGAGGGGCAGAUGGGAACCUGUCACACAUGUGACACAGCCGAGCAGCACACGCCAGGAAUCAGGAGGAGAGGAGACUCUGCGCCAAGACUCUCAGACUUUGGACCAGAGUGAGCACAUGCAUCACCAGUGCCAGGAGCUUGGAGAGGUCCUUCAGGAUGUGGACAGCAAAAAGACCAUCUAUGCACGGGAGUCGAUUGGCUUAGGCAAGCCAUGCACUUUUGUCACACUGUGUCGUAGUCCCUCACUGGAAAAGGAAGAAGAGAAGAAGAAGGAGUACAAGGAGACGAAGAAGGCGAACCUUGAUCCACUGGCACAGUAUGAUGAUGUUUGGUCAGACACUCUACCCUUUCCUGCCUUGAGGUUCUGUGGUCUGCUUGCUCCCUGGACUGGAAACUCUACCACUAACCAGGGAGAAGUGGGAAUCAGUGCCACAGUAAUCUUUGAGACCCUGACUGGAGAAAUUGCCACAACCCACCUGGAGCUCCACAAUGAGGGCAGCACAGCUAUCUACUACAGCUGGCAGCAGCUUGUCGUGCCAUGCCACUUUCCUAACCUGCGGUCACAAAGAAAGACUUUGUGCUUCCACUUCAACUCCUCCUCUGAUGUGAUCCUUCCAGGUGAUACCAAGCGGAUGGUGUUCAUAUUUAAAUCAGAGACGCCGGGCAUCAAAACAGAACAGUGGCAGCUUAAUACCCACCCCGUGUUGCUGCAAGGAGCCUCCAUACAGGUCACAUUGAGGGGAGUGUCGCUGUACCAGGACAAAACUGCAGACCAGAGGCUCUUCCUCGAGACGAAGCUGGAAAAGAUAGUGGCAGUGAAACAGUGUCGGUCGAUUGUGUAUGAGAUGCUACGGGGGGUCCACAGCCCAGAGAGACCCAGCUCUCCUGCAGAACUCUACAUCACUGAAGAGCAAGAGUUUUUAAGCAAAAACCCCAAGUUGCAGUACCGUGAUCAGCCAGUGGAUGACCUGAAGAGGCUGUGGCAAGAGGUGAAGCCAGGACACAUCUGGGACCUCUCUGUUAAUACACUCCACCAGGUUCUGCUGUCCCUGCCCGAACCAGAGUCAGCUCAGGAAACGGGUCUGGCCCAGCUCAACUCUCUGCUUCUGCAGCUUUGUGAUCCUACUGAACCGACACAUCAUCUAACAGCAGCAGCUGUGGGGCUGCAGCUGUGGAGGAAACUGCUGGACAUGAUGGUUAGUCAGGCCAUGUGGCUCAGAAAACUUCUGGGCCUUCCAGAAAAAGACACAUGGAUCAAUGAGGAGGAGGAAUCCCAAAUCUCUGAUGCUGAUAUGGCCGACAGCAAAGACGAUGACGAUAAGAAGAGUGAGAAAAGGGGGGGAGCAGCUGCUAAAGAGGAGCGGAGGGGGUCGAGGUCGAGAUUUAAAGAUGUCAACAAAGGAGAGUCCAAGUCAGCAACAAGUGAAAAAUCACUGGAGGACAGCAGAAAGAAGGGCAAAAGAAGGGAUGAAGCGGGGAAACACACGAUGAAGAAGCAAGGGCAGGAACCGGCCUCGCUGACCGACACACGUGCAGAGAGCGCCCGUCCACAAACUCCUGAUGACCCAAAUGUUGAGCCGGGGCUGAUGGUCAUUUACACGAGGCUCCUGCACAAAAAGGUUUAUGCUCUGAUGGAGGACCUGGUGGACAACAUGUGUGACCUGCUUGAUGAGCCUAAUGAGGGAGAUGAACAGGACACACACUAUUAGGACCCAGGCACAGAAGCCAGUCAAUAUAUAUAUAUACACUAAAUGUAAUAAAAUGUGUCACAUAGAUUUCUCUGUUUUUACCUAAUAUUGUUCAAUAAAACUCUUUGUUCCUCUGGCACAGUGGAUCUGGA